AUCAAUAUGCCUAUUAAGAAAUCACCUAUGACUAAUACAUCUGGAGCAGUGUCUUCCUCUUAUUAUGAAAACAUCUUGAGGUCUCAUUUUCAAAAUUUAAGGAAAAGAAGGAGUGAUAAAUCAAAGCCACCAUUUUCAAUCACAGAAGAAUUCAUCUUGAGAUUCAACCAUACAAAAAAUCCAAAAGAGAAGGAAGAAUUGUUGGAUCUAGCUAGGAAACACAUUCUCAGAUGUAAGAGAAAACUGGGUCUCAAAACCUUAGGCACUGGGAAACAUGUGAAUCUUCCUACUGCAUGGACUGAAGUAAUAUAUCUGGCUCAGUGCAAAGGAAACGUUCAAGAUGAAGCUUUAAAUAUGCUUUAUGCUUCGGUGGACCAUGUUUCCUUUGAUUAUGAUAAUCUUCCUGCCUUAUUUUUUGUUGCGGAAUCAGUUUUAUAUAGACUCUGUUGUGAUGCAUUUCUAAAGACUUACUUACAUUCAGUUGAAAUAAAGCUGUCAAAGAUUUGCUAUUUGGUCUUCUUACGACUUUUUAUAUAUUUCCUGCAUGGUCACCUAGAAAGUUUUAAACAACAUUUACUUAGGCUUCAACCGUAUUUAUACGCACUUUCUUUCUCUGGAGAAUCAUAUUACACGUAUCCAAAUAUCUUUUCAAAUGUGCAAUUUGUUCUGAAAACCAUGGAAAUUAUAUGCAAAAGAGAAUUAUUAUCGGGAUCAAUUUUUAGCCCUGUGGAAAACAAGAGACGACAUGAGAACAUAGAUUCGGAUAUGGAACAUUCACAAUUUAAUCAGGAAGGAUAUGAAAUUAACCACCUGCUGUGGCACUGUGUUGCUGCCUGGACCUGUGUUCAGAAGAAUAGUCCUCAGUUGAAUAAGGUGCUUGAGCAUCUCAUCUGUCAUAAAACACAGCUUCAAAAGAAAUGCUGGUUGGAUUCAGCACUGGCUUUGUUGGUCCUUGGAGAGGCUGCCAAAUUAAAUAUGGCCUGCUUGAAAACUUUAACGGACCUAAUGAGAGAUUUUCUUUUAAGCAUUAUGUCUGUUCAGAAAGAGGAAGAAAGCUGCAAGGUAGAUGAUUUUUCCUGGGCCUGGAAUGUAGUCUACAUAUAUACAACAAUUCUCGCAGAAAUCUGCUUGUAUGCAGCCACUUCUAAUUUGCGAAAAACUGCUUUUGUUGGUUUCUGUGAAUGUAAAAGUUCGCAAAAAGAUAUUUUACCCAUGGACAAACCAGAACAGCCAGAAUUGAGGGAAACAAGUGUUUUAGGUCUUUUGAACUAUUUUUCUUCAAAAAUAUCAGAUAAUUGUGAACAAGUGACAUGGAUUGGGUACUAUGGCUUGGUUUAUAACCUGGUGAAAAUGUCAUGGGAACUUCGGGGAGAUGAGGAGCAAGAUGGACUCAGAAACUUAAUAUGGCAAACAUUACAGAAAACAAAGGAUCAUGAGAAAGAUGGGCGGAUCCAUAAUGCAAUAAAUAUAGCUAAGGCUGAGUUAAAUGACCCAACGGAUCCUUUUACUAGUUACAGUACAAAAGUUUCAUCAAAUGUAGGGGAUGAAGUUUUCUCCAAAUAUAUAGGAUGGAGAAUUUCCAGUACACUUUCCAAAUUAUUCUUCCCCUCUACUGAUACCCGUACCCUUCCUUUGAAAAAACCAUUGAUAAAACAGGGUCAAAUGAAAUAUCUGAAUAAAAAGCAGGAUUCUAUGAAGAAGAGAGUGCUACAUUUUACUGCAAGGGAACAUCCUUCUGUAUCAGAAUUCCUCAUGUUUCCAUACCCAGAUUUCUUCACUAAGGGAGAUGAAGAAUUAGCAAGAAUCAUUGACCAUCACUGGCAGAAAGACCUAAAGAUCCGACAGGAAGAAGAGGCAAUAUGUGAGGCUAAAGAAUGUAAAGAUAAAGAGUUACAGGAAAAAUAUCACUUCAUAGAAAUUAUGAAGAGAAGACAAGAGAAACUGCACAAGCAAACCAAACCCUAUGAGCUUCCUCCUAGGAGUGAAGUAAUUUCAUUAGAAAAGAAAAUGGCCCCUAAAAUUGAUAGCUACGUGUUAGGAAAAUUUUCCUCUAAUUAUCUAGAAGCCAUUUCUUAGAAAGGAGUUGUUAUCUUGGUGCAGGCUCUUUAACAGUCAUAUCUUAGUCCUCAAGUAACAGGUAGGUUUUAAACACAUUUGAAUGAAGUGAUUUUACCAGUUAAAAAUUUUCAAAAAUACA